UGAUCUCUGUGCACAACCUGGACGUCCAUUUAAUAAAAGUCAAAACGCAUUCAAACAAUCUUUUGAACAACAAGGUAGAUUCUAUGGCAAAAGACGCUCUCACCCUCUUUGUCUUGCAACUUAA